GCGUGUUUCUGUGUUGUACAGGCAGACUGUGCCCAGCUCCUAGGUAUGCACUGCCGGCUGGCCCCUCCCUUGGGCAUAGUUUAUAGUCAAUAUAGUCAGCCCUUUCUUUGCACAUUGAUCUCUGUAGCUCAAGAGGUGGAGGAGAAGAGAGGGGGCACUUGUCAAUGAUCACUUAAUAUAACCAGAUGCUUCUUGGGAAAUCCGGCUUGUAUUUUUGACCCUUAUGCAUUAACAGAAUUAAGACCUGUGCUUCUAGUCAGCAAAUUCCCUUCUCCAGCUGAAGACUGGGAUCCAUCCACAUUCAUAAGAGGUUAUCUACUGCGAAAGUCCAUCAUGCAGGAGGCUGAACAUCUGUAUGAAUCGACAAUGCCCCAAAAGUGGAUGCAUGAUGAGAGAAUCUACUCCAUCCCUAGUAGUCCGGACAGUAUGGAUCUGAGUCCUGAGCGUCCUCUAAGCAGCGCAUCAACCAACCCAUCUUCUCAAGCUGGUGGAGAUGAUACGUAUGGAGUGGGAGUGAAUGGCUCUGUGACCAAACACAAUUUACACUUGAUCAUUGAAGAGAAUUCCCUAAACCGCAGUUCAUCCCUCUCUCCGUUGUCCACAACCCCGACAUCUCCUUAUGCUUCACCGUUUUCACCAACUAAAAUGAACUCUUCAUCAAACCCAACAUCUCCAACCUCUCCAAGGGAGUACAUCCCCCCCCAGGGUCUGUAUACUCGAGUCUUGGAUCCCACUGGGCAAAUGAACAACAACAACCGAAAUCUUGACGAAGUAGACAACGAGGAACAGGAAGCCGACAUCUCUCUCUAUGUCAAGGCUGGAAGUGAUGGAGAAAGUAUCGGGAAUUGUCCUUUCUCUCAGCGCCUCUUCAUGAUCCUUUGGCUGAAAGGAGUCGUCUUCAAUGUAACCACAGUUGACCUGAAGAGAAAGCCAGCGGACCUGCACAACCUCGCCCCGGGAACACAUCCGCCCUUCCUGACCUAUAACGGAGAGGUAAAAACAGAUGUCAACAAGAUAGAAGAAUUCCUGGAGGAGUCCCUAGCACCACCAAGAUAUCCUAAGCUUGCGGCAAAGCAUCGCGAGUCAAACGCAGCUGGAAUAGACAUCUUCUCGAAAUUCUCAGCGUACAUCAAGAAUACAAAGCAUCAGGACAAUGCAAUUCUAGAGAAGGGGUUGACGAAAGCGCUGAAAAAACUGGACGAUUAUCUCAACACCCCUCUCACCGAGGAGAUUGACGCCAACAGCCGAGACGAAGAGAAAGUUUCUAGGAGGAAAUUCUUGGACGGAGACGAAUUGACCCUGGCGGACUGCAAUCUUCUACCCAAGCUUCACGUGGUCAAGAUUGUGGCCAAGAAGUAUCGCAACUACGAAAUCCCAGCAGAGAUGACGGGAGUGUGGAGGUACCUGAAGAACGCCUACGCCAGAGAUGAAUUUACCAACACAUGCGCUGCGGACAAAGAGACAGAGCUGGCCUACGCGGAUGUAGCAAAGAGACUCUCUAAGUCCUAACAAACGACAAAAUGCCACCAAAUAUAGUAUUCUCUGUCACAAAGACUACUUUCUUGGUUGCCUUAGGAUGGACUGUAUCCUGUUUGACCAUCACAUCACUAUCUCCGCUUUCAGAUACACCGCCGUUUCAGCCAUCGACCCGUCACCCGCCACCCAUCAUGCAAUUACAUUUUACAAGGAAAAUACUCCGAUCGUAUUAAAAUGAAAGACAAAGAUUAUGAAACCCAAACACCUGUAAUUUCGAUCCUAAAUCAAAGGCAAUACCCGUUAUCCUAUACAAAGUAUUUUUGUAAUGCAAGCUAACUCCUUUAAAGGUGAUUUGUAACAUGUAUUAUAUCAUAGUUAAUUGUGUAAUAUAUAUAUAUAUAUAUAUAAAUAUAUGAUUUAGAGCUACUCUUUACCACUAUAUAUUAAUUCUAGAGUAUUCUACGAUUCCACCAGAGUUGUCUAUAUCUUGUUUUAUUUGUUUUGGGGAUUUUUUUUUUUAAAGACCCGGUAGGACAUUGAGACCUUAUGGUAUAGACGACGCUUGUAGAACCCACUUGUAGGCAUUCACUUUUUUUUUGGAAAAAAAUAUGAAAAAAAUAUGAAAAAAAGGUUUGUGCCUUCUUGGUUAAAUUGCAGUAUAUGAACAGCUAAUAAAUUUAAUUUCAAAUAUUGUUCUAGCU